AUGCCGUCGGAACCGGAGAAGAUUUUCAACCCCCAUCCGGAUGUCGCCAGCAAGGCGUACAUCAACAGUAUGCAGCAGUACCGCGAGUUUUACCAGCAGUCGCUGGAGAAUCCGGGCCAGUUCUGGGCCAAUGUGGCCAAGCAGUUCCACUGGGAGACGCCGUACGAUCCGAAGAACUUCUUCUCGUACAACUUCGACAUCUCGAAGGGCCCUAUCUACGUGAAGUGGAUGGAGGGUGCCUCGACCAACAUUUGCUACAACUUGCUGGAUCGCAACGUGAAGAACGGGCUGGGCGAUACCGUCGCUUACUACUGGGAAGGCAAUCAUCCCGAUGACUACAGCCGGCUGACGUACAGGAAGCUGCUCGAGGAGGUAUGCCGGUUCGCGAACGUGCUAAAGAGCCACGGCGUCCAGAAGGGUGACCGGGUGUCGAUCUACAUGCCCAUGACCAUGGAGCUGCCGGUUGCAAUGCUGGCCUGUGCACGCAUCGGUGCCGUUCACUCGAUUGUGUUUGCCGGUUUCUCGUCCGAUUCGCUCGCCGAGCGCAUGCACGACUGCCAGGCGAAGGUGCUGAUCACGGCCGACGGUGCCUGGCGGGGCGAGAAGAUCCUGCACCUGAAGGACAUCUGUGAUACCGCGAUGGACAAGGCGGAAGAGCUCGGCCACCACGUGCAGACGUGCAUUGUCGUGUCGCACAUUAACCGGGUCACGCCGGGCAAGGAGGACUGGGACGGUUCGUUCGAUACCCCAUGGAGAGAUGGACGCGACUUUUGGUGGCACCAGGAGAUGGAGGACGCCGAACCGGCCUGCUACCCGGAGUGGAUGUCGGCCGAGGACCCACUGUUUAUGCUGUACACCAGCGGCUCGACCGGCAAACCGAAGGGUGUGCUGCAUACGACCGCCGGCUACCUGCUGUACGCGGCCACGACCUUCAAGAUCGUGUUCGACUACAAGCCGAACGAUAUCUACUGGUGCACGGCCGACAUCGGUUGGAUUACGGGCCACACGUACGUGCUGUACGGUCCGCUCGCUAACGGUGCCACCUCGGUCAUGUUCGAGGGCACACCGUUCUUCCCGGACACGGACCGGUACUGGGAGAUCAUCGACAAGUACAAGGUGUCGCAGUUUUAUACCGCACCGACCGCGAUCCGGUCGCUGAUGAAGUUUGGCGACGAGCCGGUGCUGAAGCAUGAUCUAUCGAGUCUUAGAGUUCUCGGUAGUGUCGGUGAGCCGAUCAAUCCGGAAGCGUGGCUUUGGUACUAUCGCGUGAUCGGCAAGGAGCGCUGCUCGAUCGUGGACACCUUCUGGCAGACGGAGACGGGCGGACACGUGAUUACACCCCUGCCGGGCGCUACACCGAUGAAGCCUGGUUCUGCAUCAUUCCCGUUCUUUGGCGUGAAACCGACGCUGCUGGACGAAAGCGGUACGGAAAUUACGGGCGAAGGCGAAGGCUAUCUCGUCUUUUCCCAGCCCUGGCCGGGCAUGAUGCGCACGCUCUUCAACAACCAUCCGCGCUACGAAUCGACGUACUUUUCCAAGUUCAAUGGCUACUACUGUACGGGCGAUGGCGCACGUCGCGAUGCGGACGGCUACUUCUGGGUGACGGGGCGCGUCGACGACAUGCUGAACGUGUCCGGCCAUCUGAUGUCCACGUCGGAGGUCGAGUCGGUGCUGACCGAGCAUCCGCGCGUCUCGGAAGCGGCCGUCGUAUCCCGACCUCACCCGGUCAAGGGCGAAUGUUUGUACUGCUUCAUCACGCCGAACCAGAACGAAGCGUUCGACAAAACGCUCAUCAGCGAGCUGAAGGUGCUGGUGCGGGAGCGCAUCGGUCCGUUCGCGCAGCCGGACGUGAUCCAGCAUGCUCCCGGGCUGCCGAAAACGCGCUCCGGCAAGAUUAUGCGACGAGUGCUGCGCAAGGUGGCCGUCAACGAUCGGGAUGUGGGCGACACGUCCACGCUGGCGGACGAGGCCAUCAUCGAGCAGCUGUUUGCGAACCGGCCAGCCCACUAAAGCCCACAAAUCGCAGCCGUACCCCCAGUUUAGCCAGUUUAAGUUGUGCCGGGGUUGUCGUUCCGAUCACAAUCGCGACAGAGCUUAGCAAAGUGUGUGCGAGUGCGAUUAGGGAGGACGAAAAACGGUUUUCAAAACGGAGGUGUUGUGGGGGUAUAUCAUUGGGCGAAAAGGAUAGCUUUUUCUCGCUUUCGGGCCUUUGUCUCUUGUUUUGCCUGUUCGUCCCGCGCGCACAUACAUACAUCCACUAAUAGGCGCGUUAAAGAGAGGGGUGUACAACCCGGUUAAAUGCACCCGGUAUACAAUCGAAAAAAAAAACACACAAUCUAAUGCUGGACAUCGGGGAACAAAAUGUGAAUGGGCCGCAGGGGGUCAACAACAGGGCAUUAUAUGCUUAGCGAGUUGCAAGUGGACGCCCAGGACGGCCGCCAGUGAACCAGGACCUAAGGCGCGUCGUCACCGUUAUCAAUGUUGGCGCAUCAUCAGGCAGCUCGAAUUGGCAUAACACGCUGGAAGAAUCGCCUAGUUGUAUGGAUAGGUUGUUAAGCUGAUUUGGACGGUGAAAAACUCACACACCUACAGAUAAGAUUUAAGUAGCUGUUAUUGCCAUUCUUAACCCAGUUUAAGGCUUAAUUUGUUUAGUAUUAAAUGUUGCUACUAGGGACGGUGGUACGGAGCAGUGGGUUGUGAGCUCAUUUUGGCAAAAACUUGCCUUCCCCGCUUAUCGUUUGUUACGCAAUCUCAGAAAUCGCUUGAAAAAAAAAGAUGCAACGUAAACUAAGUUUGCUUCAAAUUUAAAGACAGGAAAAAAGGAAAGGCAAAAAACACUAAUGCAUUAAAAGCACUAUUUAACAAAUGAACGAGAAAAGAGAAUCUGAAAGAAAAAAAGAAAAAGUUGUUAUCAGAAGAUAAACACAUAAAGGUUAGGGAGUAAGGGUUGUUAGGGAUGUCGCUGAGCGAUGAGCACGUGUUGGUGGACGCAGCUAAAGAAAGGUGGACCUACCGUAAGUAGGUCAGCUAGUUGGGGGAUUAGAAUGCGAAGCAUUAAUCUGAUGUAGGCAAGAAGUCAACGAAAUUACACAUACACAUACCUAACAGAGUCACAAUCAUACACAUACAAAGGUAGACAAAUAGCUUCAAACCCUUUCCCUUCAAACUCACAGAGCGCACACAGCGUUAUCAUUAGAUGGUAUCAAUUUCUCUCUGUUUCACUUUCCCAGUUUCUCUGUGGAUGUGCGUGUGUGUGGGUCUGUGGUAAGCGAUUAGCGCAAACACGGCAAACCCCGCUUAGGAGAAGAAAAAACACCAUGGGGAUAUUGAGUUAAUCAUUUUUAUUUCCAUUUUACUGCUGCUAGUUUGCGUUUAUUUCCCCCGUUUUUAUUUAUAAGUUUUAUCACAAAUAAACACUCACAACGCUUGUCUACUAGAAGGCACGCUAUUAUCCGCUAA